AACAAAGUUCGGGGAAAAGGCCGAAAAAAGUGCAUCACGGUACGUCAAAUCGGGGAAUUAAAGCCUAUCAAGAAGCCUGAGAGUAACUUUAGAAAAAAAAAGGAAAAAGCAGAGACAUUGUAUUAUGUAAUGAUCGGUUUUUGUGGUAAAUUCAGAGCUUCUUUCCCUGGUUUAUGGAAAGUUUAUCGCAUUGUUUCCGUGAAAUCCGUUCUAAAUAUCACUCAAAGACCUAUCCAGAUGUCAGAUUCAAAGGUGAAAGUCCUCUUAGCCUUAGACUUUGACCACACUAUGAUAGACAACAAUUGUGAUACAUACAUAUACAAGUUGGCUCCAGGGCACAAAAUCCCGGAUGACCUAAAGAGCCUGUAUAGGAAAGAUGGAUGGACACAUUACAUGGGUGAGGUAUUCAAAUAUCUCCACCAGAAUGGUAUUACCAAAGAAAAGCUUCUCAACUGCCUGAGUGAAAUCCAGUUAACUGACAGCAUGAGAGAGCUGUUACUAGGCGUUCCCAGAGAAGCCACAGAAUUUAUUAUUAUUUCUGAUGCCAACUCAGUGUUUAUUGAUCAUAUUCUCAGAAAUGUGGGAUUGAGAGACCUGUUUCAUGAGAUAUUCACCAACCCAGCAGAAUUUAGUAAAGAUGGCCCCUUGCACAUAGAAAUGUAUCACCAUCAAGACUGGUGCACCCUCAGCACCAAGAAUCUGUGCAAGGGCUCCAUCCUGAACAACUAUGUGAAGGUACGGGGAGAGGAAAACAUUACCUUCUCCACCAUUGCGUACGUGGGCGAUGGCACCAAUGACUUCUGCCCCAGUCUCUAUCUCAGAGAAUGUGACAUUGUGUUCCCUCGCUGUGGCUACAAUCUUCUUAACUUUAUACCUAAGAUGGAGGCAGAGAAAGGGAUGAAGUUGGCAGCUGAUGUUUGUCCUUGGGACUCAGGGAAGGACAUCUUGGAGAGACUGCUGCCUUGUUAUGAUGAUCCUAUGCUCUCCCAUUUACCCCAUCCCAGACUUAGAAGUCCGUCACAAAGAGACUAGAGCAUCCUCCUCUUCCUCCACUUCAGUUUGUCCUUAGACAAUUUUUUUUACCAACAUAAUCUUCCUUGUAGAGUGUUUUCUCCCCACUACUUUUCUCUGUUCCCACUGAAUUACUCAAAAUAUUAACUCCUCUUUAAUUUGAUCAAUUCUUUGAUAUUGUAAAUAUGUGUGCUUUAAUAUUUUAUUAAUGUCUGUGUAUUCAUCUUACUAUUUAUCUCUAUAUUUGUUUUAUACCAUGUUAUAUAUUAAUUAUAUUUACAUAGGUCAUCAGCAGUAUUCUAAAAAAAA